ACUUUCGCUGAAUUGACUGUGCUUCAUCCGAAUUUGGCAUAUCCGUACGCAUUUGUGUACAUUCGCCAAAUUGCCAUUCACCUGAGGAAUGCGAUCAUUUCCAAAAAACGAAAGGAUAUGGUCCAAACAGUGUACAACUGGCAAAUGAUGCAGUGUUUGUAUCUCUGGACGCGGGUGUGUCAAAAGCUCAUGCUGUCCACGAUUGCGAAGCGAUUUGUGAGCUUACGUAUCCCCUCACUCAACUCAUUCACGGAGCUAUAUCACUCGCUUCGAUACAUUCCCUUACGUCUACAUUGUAUUUCUUUACUGAUCCAGCUACAAGCAAAUUGUGGGACUUAUGUGCCAACACUGACAUUAGCCGUAGAACUUCUUGACGAUGCCGAGCAUAUUCUUGCGAAAAAGCCAAAAUCGGUCAAAAAUGCCAAAGUUGUUGAUAUGGAUUGUGUUUUGAAGGCCGCACAUCUGAUUUGUUCUCAACCGAGCUUUCCUGACGUUAUAGUUCCCAUAACUCACAGGAUCCGUGAUUUCUUGCGGAAGAUCCGUUCGGUGGAGUUUGCGAGGUGCUUUCGGUCUUUAUCUGAGAAGCUUGAAGAGCACGCGAAGUUCGUUGCUGACGUUCUUCUCACGAAGGAGUUCAGCAUCAGAGAUGAUAUCCAAGUUAUGUCACUGAAACUGGCGCUCAACGAUCCCGUCUCACCCCUACGUGUUUUCUAUCGGCAAUGGGAAAAGGCAUGGCGCUUGAAGCAGCAAAUGCUAACAGCGUCACACAACAAAGAGAAAGAGAAGACCAAGGAAAGCGGAAGUGAAAAGAAACCACGGGAAAAAGGAAAGAAAGUCAUAAAGGAGGCGAAGACAGAAGCGAAACCGAGUAAGAAGAAGCGGAAGUCAACUGCGGCUGCCGAGCGAGCUGAUGAGACGAUUCCGGACCAGCUGCUGGAAGAUCUCGGAAAUUGGAGCGAUAGUAACUGA